UUCUCAGAAUAAUACGUUAAUCGGAUUCUAGUUAGUACAUGUAUUAAGAGUAAUUAAAACUGCGUCAUGGGGUGGAAAACUCUUCCAUGCGUGUUGCUGCUUAUUGCAAGCCAUCAAAUAUUGGGGUUUAAAGUCCCCAGCGUUGAUUUUGAAAUGCUAGAUGAAAAAGGAUUUGAGGUGUCCAUACCAGAUGAACCUGGCAUAGAGCGGGUAUUCUACAUGCUCCAAAUAGACGACACCUGUCCGGCUCUAAUGGACUAUAUUACGGAGGCCGUAAACGGAAGCUGGGUUUCCAAGCAGAAAACAAGUCUCCACAACAACGACAAACUUCAGAUAUCAAUGCUGGUGCAAUACAAUGAGGAGAUUUUUGAAAAGAGUGAAACUAUUGUGAUUAUCAACAAGCGGGUUCUGACCACCAGGGACUCCAGCUCGCGGGGCAUAACCUUUCCUUCGGGAGAGGGUGAGUGUCAGGCGUUGCUGCAAUCAAAACAGGAAACCAAACGCUGCAAACCCGCCCAAACCAUCGUCAGCAAUGGUCGCCACACCUGCCAGGGUGAGCUCAUCUUCGAGGAUAACUUUUCGGAGGCACAGCUGAACAGAACCACCUGGAAGCAUGAUAUCCGGCAGCGCAUGUACCAUGUGGAAGAGGAGCUGGUGGCCUUCGACGAUGCCGCCCGAAACUCCUUUGUUAAAGAAGGCGAGCUCCACAUCGUUCCCAUCGUGGCCAGUGAGGUUACUGAUGGCAGUUUCAAGCUGGGAGAUCGCUGUACAGCAAUCGAGAGUCCGGAUCAGGAGUGCAAUAUUGCCCACGGCAGUUUCUAUACCAUUAAACCUCCAGUUUUUUCCGCUCAAAUUCACACCCGAAAUUCGUUUAGUUUUAAAUUCGGGAAGAUCGUCGUUAGAGCUAAGUUGCCUAAGGGUGAUUGGCUGUUUCCCUACCUGAUGCUUCAACCAGUUUCCACUUACGCAGAGACUCACUAUGCCAAACAGUUGCGAAUCGCAUACGCCCGAGGCAACGCUAAUUUGCGCACUAAGCAAGGAGAUGAUAUCUCCGGGAAUCAUCUGUAUGGUGGCAGUGUGGCUUGGCAUCAUGGAAAUGCCGUUCAGUUUCUAAAAGAUCGGCUGAGCCAGACGCACUACGGCGAUGAUUUCCACAACUAUACCAUGAUUUGGCAACGGGAUAAGAUAACGCUGAUGGUGGAUGAGGAGGUCUACGGAGAACUUUACGAUGGACUGCCAUUCUUCAACGAGAAGUGCUUUAUUAUUUUUGGAGUAACAGUAGGAGGCUUUCUCAAUUUCGAUGACAAUUUACUGGCCAAGGAUGUCAAACCUUAUAAGAACAGGGAACCACGGGCAGCCCUCUCUUUUUGGCAACAUCGCGAUGCUUGGGCCCCCACUUGGGGACGACAGAGCGCCAUGAUCAUAGAUUUUGUAAGGGUUUAUGCGGAAUAACUUUUACAUUUUUACCA